CGUCAAAUCAUUUGCUCACUCUUCCGAAGCUAUCCCGCCCUGCACGCCACGUCCGCGCUGGUGCUGCUGCUUUCCGUGCGUAUUUUAGUGCUCGCAUACGCCGGCUAAGACACCGCGCAUCCACAUAAAAAUGGCGUGCCAAAUGGCGUCUCACGCGUCCGCUGCCUUCGUUAUCCCGGCCUCCGCCGCUCCCGUGAACCAACCAUCGAGCAGCGUCUCGCUGCCGGCCGCCUUACCCUGCCGCGCACUGUCGUCUCUCAGCGCAACCUCCCCGACUCUCACCUCCCUCUCCCGCCAAUGCGCGCGCCAGUUCCCCCGAUCCACGGGAUCUGCUCGCGCUGCUGCAGCCACUCCCGUCCGUGCGAUGGCCGGCGGGGACGGAUCUGAGCCGUCCGGCCGCAUCAUCCGGGGCAAGUGCUUCGUGCUGGAGGACAACAUCGACACGGACCAGAUCAUUCCCGCCGAGUACUUAACUCUCGUGCCGUCGAACCCGGACGAGUACGAGAAGCUCGGGAGCUACGCCAUGGCGGGGCUUCCCGCGAAGCACACGCUGCGGUACGUGCAGAAGGGGCAGAUGAAGACGGAGUACGCGAUCAUUAUCGGCGGGGCCAACUUCGGCUGCGGAUCGUCGCGCGAGCACGCGCCCGUUGCGCUCGGCGCAGCGGGCUGCCGCGCGGUGGUGGCGGAGUCGUACGCGCGGAUCUUUUUCCGCAACUGCGUGGCGACGGGGGAGCUGUACCCCGUGGAAACGGCGGAGGGGCUGAGGCUGUGCGAGGUGAUUAAAUCGGGGGAUGACGUGACUGUAGAUCUGGAGCACGAUCUGCUGAUCCACCACACCACGGGCAAGCAAUACACCCUGAAGCCGAUUGGGGAAGCCGGACCCGUGAUUGACGCUGGGGGUAUUUUCAACUUUGCCCGCCAAUCUGGCAUGAUUGCCCAGAAGGCCUGAUUUUCCAGUUGGCUUCUUUCAGGUGGGGGAUAUCAGUUACAGGGCGGAACCAGGGGUGGUUGGAGGUUAGGACACCUCCUGUGAUGUAGUUCUGGCUAUUGUGGGACAUGGCUUGUUUCAAAGAAUUACUCAUUCUUGGCUGUCUGCCAUGCCAUGCCGCACCCAGCAUUUUCUUGGCUGGUACAAUGUUUCAUCCAGGGUACUAGAUUUACCUUGAUGAGCAUAUACAUGCUGCCACACUGCAGUGGAAGGUGUUACCCUUGGAGGAUGGCAGCUGAAGGCACUGUAACAUGUUGCCACAACCAUACCGGUACAUGUGAACGAUGCAUUCUAACUAGAUUGAGUUGUUGAUGCAUUCCACCACCACCGUCCCCCUUGUCGCGCCCAUGACUGCCUUGUAUGUGUUCAGG